GCGAGGAUGCUGCCGGUGUACGCCAUCCUGCUCUCGGCGCUGGCCGGCUGUCUGCUCACGCUGCUGCUGCAGCUGCUGCUCCUCUAUAGGAAAGCCCCGCAGCCCCCCGGGGGGACCGGAGCCGACGACGGCCUCGUCUACGCCCGAGUCGCGGCCGGCCGCAGCCUGAAGGACUAUCUGCGUGGCACCGAGUCCGCGGGCGGACAGGCGGCCCCGGAGCCGGCCCCGGCCUCGGCCCCCGCCGCCUCAGCUCCUUCGGCGGGCCCGGAGCCCGGCACCAAGCCGGCCCAGCAGCCUGAGCCCGGCCCGGAGCCUACGUCCAGCGAGGAGACGUGCCAUUUCCUCAACGCCAUCUUCCUCUUCCUCUUCAGGGAGCUCCGGGACACGGCCUUAGUGAGGAACUGGGUGACCAAAAAGAUCAAAGUGGAGUUCGAGGAGCUGCUGCAGACCAAGAUGACGGGGAAGGUGUUGGAGGGGUUGAGCCUUCGGGACGUGUAUCUGGGCAACGUUCUGCCCGUCUUCAAGGCCGUCCGGCUCAUCCGGCCCGUGGUGAGCAGCGAGGAGGGCUGUCCCGAGGAGUUGGGCUUUGAGGUGGACCUGGAGUACAACGGUGGCUUCCAUCUGGCCAUUGAUGCGGACCUGGUCUUUGGCAAGUCGGCCUACCUCUUUGUCAAGCUGUCCCGGGUGAUGGGCAAGCUGAAGCUGGUCUUCACCCGCCUGCCCUUCACGCACUGGUACUUCUCCUUCAUGGAUGACCCCCUGAUUGUCUUCGAAGUCAAGUCACAGUUUGAAGGGAGGCCCAUGCCUCAGCUCACUUCCAUCAUUGUCAAUCAGUUCAAGAAGGUUAUCAAGCGCAAGCACACCCUGCCCAAUUACAAAAUCAGGUACAAGCCUUUCUUCCCAUUUCAAGUGUCAUCACCUGAUGAGUAUGAAGAUCGAGACCUCUGCAUACAGGAUUUACCCCUGACAGAAGGUCGACUAAAAGUCACAUUAAUUGAGUGUACAAGGUUAUUUAUAUUUGGAUCCUAUGAAAAGGAAACAAAUGUUCAUUGCACAAUGGAGCUGAGCAGUAGUGUUUGGGAAGAAAAAUCAAGGAGUUCUAUUAAAACGGCAGAGCUAGUGAAAGGGAACCUGCAAAGCGUUGGCCUCACGCUCCGCCUUGUGCAGUCCAAGGAAGAUGAUGCAGGGCAUGUUGUUAUUGAAACAGUUACACCAAACUCACCUGCAGCAGCUGCUGAUCUACAGAGGGGUGACAGACUCCUAGCCAUUGGCAGUGUUAAAAUCACAUCAACUGUCCAAGUGUUGAAGCUUAUUAGACAGGCUGGGGACAAAGUCUUAGUUUUUUAUGAAAGGCCUGUUGGAUAUAAUCAACAUGGUUCAGCACUACAGGAUGGAUUUGGACAAUUGGAAGAUGCUGCUUUCUUGACACAGCAAGAAGAUGACCAAGUUAAUGUAUCAGCUGAUGUUGACAGCAGAGAUUUUGAUUCAGAAUUCGAGGACUUAGCAUGUGAAUCACCUGAUCAAAAAGAAGAUAUGCCAACAACUCCAAGUCCCAAACGUUCAGUAGUAAUACUUGCUGCUAAACCACUUGGAACCAUAUCUCCAAUUCUGAAUCGAAAACUGCAUUUAGGAAAUUAUCAGACAACAUCUAAAAUGCAACAGAAAGAUGGAGCCAAACUGGCAACACCCAAAGCCUCUGAGAGUUCAGAUGCAUCACUGGUAUCAGGUAAGCAGUCACAAGGUUCUGGUGCUAAGCCUCCUGUUCCACCUAGACCACAAAUUAGGCCUACUUUGCCUACUAAUGAAACUCAAAAUCAGUUGGAAUCCGGAGGUGUACCUUCUGAAAAAACAGAGAGGCCACCUCCGUCUUCAGGUAAUGGAGAUAAAUGUACAGAGAAAGUAGUAAAGAAUAAUGACCAAACAGAAGACCCAACAUUAUCAAAAGUAGCAGCAAUACCAAAACAAGAUGCAUUAAAAGAUGGAAUUUCAGAAAAUGCACGUGGUCACAAAGAUGGUGGAGAUGAUCAUCGAACUUGGGAAUCACCAGAAAUUCCAUAUCGAGUCCGACAAGGUCGGUGGCCAAAGACAAGAACAUCCUCCUGUCUGUUUGAAGUAGAAGGAUCUCAUAAGUACCUUAAUGUUGCACUGUGGUGCAGAGACCCUUUCAAAGCAGGUGGUUUUAUCUGCCUAGGAUAUGCAAGCAUAAAACUUGAAGAAAUUGCUUUAGACUGUAUAGCUACAUCAUCAAUGGAAUAUGUUAGAACAUUUAAAUUGAGUGCUCCUACACCUAAAGCAGCAGUCACUAGAACGGCGUUGAGGAAUUUGACAACCCAUAAGGGAUUUAAUGAAAAGUUCUGUUAUGGUGAUAUAGCUUUACACUUUAAAUAUUUUAAAGAAGGUGAAGCAGAUGAUUCAAAUUUUCUGUUGGAGAAAGAAAAGGAAUGCCAUCUGGAAGAAGAAGUUAAUGUACUUCAGAAAGAGGAUCCUUACAUGGGACAAAUUGUUCUUACUGAGAACAAGCAUAACUUUCAAGAUACUCAGUUUCAGAAUCCAACUUGGUGUGAUUACUGCAAAAAAAAGGUAUGGACUAAAGCAGCUUCACAGUGUAUGCUCUGUGCUUAUGUUUGCCAUAAAAAAUGUCAAGAAAAAUGUCUAGCUGAAACGCCCUUCUGUGUAGGAGCUGAAAAGCGACAUGAUCGAACUGCAGGAGGUUGUAGAGCAGAAGGACAGGAAACUUCCCAAGCUGCAUCCAUUCGUGUCGAUUCAGAGUCUAAAUCUGUUAACAGGACUGCAGGUUUGACCAGGCAUAUCAUCAAUACAAGUACUCGUUUGUUAAACCUCCGUCAAGUCCCCAAAGCUCGCCUUUCUGAGCAGGGAACAGAGAUUGUAGAGCCUUCACCAAAGCACACGCCAAACACUUCUGAUAAUGAAAGUAGUGAUACUGAAAUUAGUGGUCCAAGUAGUCCUUCAAAACGUGCAUCGGGUAGUGGGAUAAAACUGGUCAGAAAGGAGGGUGGUCUAGAUGACAGCGUCUUCAUUGCAGUUAAGGAAAUUGGGCGUGAUCUCUACAGAAGUCUACCCACAGAGGAACGUUUUCAGAAAUUAGAGUUUAUGUUGGAUAAGUUGCAGAACGAAAUAGACCAGGAGCUGGAAAAUAACAAUUCACUUGUUAAAGAAGAAAAAGAGGCAACCGAGGCAAGGAAAAAAGCAUUGAUUUCUGCUGCGCUGGCUAAAUCAGGUGAAAGACUGCAAGCCCUUACACUGCUGAUGAUCCACUACAGAGCAGGCAUUGAGGAUAUAGAGUCUUUGGAGAGCAUGUCCUCAGACCGGCAGUCUAAAAGAGUGACUAAAGAUUCAGAGGAAGCCAGUAUAGCAGAAGAAGUGGAUAAUGAAGAUAUUGGUCUGACAGAGGCUCCGACAUUCAACGUCAUAUCAGAUGAAUCAGUUGAUCCACCUCAGUCGGUAGACUGAUAUUCACGUUUAGCCUUUGAAGGACCGGACUUAAACAAAUGCUUUGCACUUAAUUACAGACAUACAGAACGAAUUAAAACGCUGGUAGAACACACCUGCUUCUCCACGGUUAUUUGCCUAUGUAAGAGUACAGCUGAUAAUGGUUCUUCUCCAGCUGCAGCACCAUCGUUUUGUUAAACUAGCUGGUUAAAACUGCAUUUUGGGGUUUAUAUUGGAAAUUUAUUUUUAAUAACUUAUUUUCAUUUUUUCUAAUUUUGUAACCUUACCAUUUCAUAUUAAUGUGUGGUGUCCCCCACCACUCCUGGACCCCCUUCCCCCCCCCCUUUUUUUUUUUUUUUUUUAAUAUAAUGAUUUCAACACGAAACUAUCAGGAUUUUUUUGAAAUAUUUAGUUUCCAUUUUUCUGUUUUAUGAUUAAAAGAGAAGCUUGUUGCAUGCCUAAGCGGAUGACUACGCAGAAAUCACUGAGGGACCAGGCUUUAAAAUUUUGAUUGCAGUUACUUUGUCUGCUAGGCAAUUGUGUAUUUCUUGCCAAACAUAUCAUGAAAACAAACAAAGCAUCUUUUUUUUUUGUCUGUUAUUAAUACUUGUUAGAGUGAUUGAGUAUUAGAUCACUUAUUUUCCAUACUUUCGUUAAAUACAAGAACUUGUCAUAGUUCUUAAUAUCAUUCAUAGCAAUGCUACGCAAGAAAAUGCCUCCCUGCAAUUUCAGGACAUCAUAUCCUGAUUUCAUAAUAUUAAAAGGAUGUACCACUAUCUCCCAAUAAUCAAACUGGGACUAUUUUUGAGAUGAAGAUUCUGGUUCCUUCUGAAACAAGGUUGUCUUCAAGUGUUGGUGUAUAUCUGAAAAGCUGAUAAAAGAAAAUUGUGUUUUGCAAGAGCUGGAGGUUUCAUUGCAGUCUAUAAAAGUGUAAAUGACAGUUUUAAUUUCGAAAGUUUUAAUAUGUUGCUAUUUUAAUAUUUAUAGUUUCAGAAAGCCGAAGGUACAGAAUAAGCAGUGAUGACAAAAUACCUGAACCUUGUCUUUCAAUGUUUUUGAGCAGUCAUAUAGUGGUGAAUUGCAUUCAGCUUCUCAGACAAAAGAGGCAGUCUGAGCAGAAGGAUCACCUUUUUCAGAACGACGUCGUACAGUGUAUAUACCAUGUUUUAGUUAAGGCAAAAUAAGUGAGUCCAGUAGAGAAGAAGAAUUCUGGCCAGCAGCUUUUGAAAAGAACUAUCUGUUCUUGUGCUAUGUGUGAAUUGUGGAUCUUAGCAUCACCUGGCUGAGGCCAUUGUUCUUAUUUAUUUCCUGUAAACAUGACUUCAGCUUCAUCUUCUGUGUAUAGAAAUGCCAUAUAAAAUAUCAUCUUUAUUUUAGGUACUGCGUUAGGUACCGGUGUCAUUAUCGCUGUAGUAGAAAAUGCCUUUGUGGGAGUGGAGUUGAUUCUAAGGUGGUAAAAGAAAUAACUUAAAUUUCCAGGCAGUGUACAAUGUAGCUCUCCAAUCAAUUUUCUUCUCAGUUUAUUUUGUGAUGGGCAAAAUGAAGAAGCAGUGAUUUUUGAGAUGGAAAAGCAUACUUGUACUCCUAAACAAAACAGUUAACUUCCACUCAUGCAACUACUUGCACUUUCUUUGUGAGUUCUGGGCGGUUGGUAAUUAUUUAGUUGAUGUAUGGAAAACACUAUCCAUGCUACAGUUGGCAUGUGUCACACUUCAGAAAUUAAGCUUCAGCAGAUAAUCGCACAAAAUUAGCUUCCUUUAUUGACUAAAAGUUGUUUAACCUAUACUUGCUUGAGAUGCGUACUAAGACUUUCCCACUCCAUUUUCUCAGAGGCUUACCAUUGGUGGUGAUCUGUAUUAAAUCUCCAUCAGUGUUUGCUCGUAUGGACUACUAUAGAAGUUUUCAAAUAUAUCCGAGUGCUUCACUUAAACCCUGGUGCACAUGAAGGAGCUGCGAAAACAAUGCAAAUACUGAUUUCAAAAAUGCAUUCGAGGUUUCACGUUCAGCUGUGAAAUACAGUGGGUAAGAAAAGCUGGAUAUGGUUUUCCUUGUAUAGUGUCGCUGAUGAUGAUUGUAACAGAGAAAUUAAAUGUAGUGCAAUAUUUUUAAACAUACUGAAUGGGAAAAGGGCAAAAUAGUUGUAUUUUAGUGAUAAGGAGGAAAACAUAAAUUCCUAUCUGGCAUUAAUUAAAAUAAAUGCUAAAUCUUGAGGAGGAAAAAGCGUAAUACUACAUUCCUGAUGUAAUCCUUGCUUUGUGCUUGAUUGUAAAUAGCUGAAAAUAAAGAAUACCACAGAAAACAAGAAUAUCUUGAGUUAAUGAUAUCCCAUAGGUGGCAGCUACACACAUUUGCAGAAACUGCCUAAUAUGAUUUUGUUGGCUAUUAUUUUAUCAUGAGAACAAGCUUUAAUAAAAUAGUUUUGCUAAAUUAUCUUCUUCUUUGCAUUGUCUUAGUAUUUUUUUUUUUAAAUGUUUGUAGUUGCAUCUUCACUACUUGAAAAGGAAGGUACCUUUGGGAGAAAAACAUUUUGCAUUAAAUAAAAUUACUGAGUGCUGAA